AUGAGUGCUCCCAACCCUGCGCCCGAGAAUGCGCCUGCGGCGGGCUCGGAAGGCCCGUCGAAGUCGGCGCUGAAGAAGGCCGCGAAGUUGGCCGAGAAGCAGGCCAAGGCGGCUGCCAAGAACGCUCUGAAGGCUGAGAAAGGCAAUACUCCCAACCCAGCUGGGGCAAAGAAGGAGAAGGUGAAAAAGGAAGUGAAGCAGGAACCGGAAUGGGUCGACAAGACUGUGCCUGGCGAGAUGAAGGAUUUGUCGGAUCCGAUGGAGAGUGGCUACAACCCCAUGCACGUGGAAUCGUCGUGGUACGCUUGGUGGGAGAAGAAGGGCUUUUUCACGCCCAAGGAGCCCACCGAAGACGACCCGAUCGACCCGAGCAAGACGUUUGUCAUUCCUGUGCCUCCACCGAACGUGACAGGUGUCCUGCACAUUGGUCAUGCUCUUACUCUCUCUAUUCAGGAUGCGCUUAUUCGUUUCUAUCGUAUGAAGGGCUACCGUACGCUCUAUGUCCCUGGUUUCGACCAUGCGGGUAUUUCUACGCAGACUGUGGUCGAAAAGCGAUUGGCUAAGUCGGAGGGCAAGUCGCGCUACGAUUAUGGUCGAGAGGCCUUUUUGGAGAAGGUGUUUGAGUGGAAGGACCAGUACCAAGCACGUAUUGCGAGCCAGAUGCGCCGUUUGGGUGCCAGUCUAGACUUUACCCGUGAAGCGUUCACAAUGGAUCCGAAUCUGAGUGAAGCUGUGAAGGAGAACUUCUGCCGCUUGUUCGAGGAUGGUAUUUUGUACCGUGAAAACCGUUUGGUGAAUUGGUGUGUGUAUCUCAACACCACGCUAUCGAACCUGGAGGUCGUGCAGAAGACGCUCACUGGCCGCACGCUGAUGAAUGUGCCGGGCUACCCGCCGAAUGAGCGUAUUGAAUUUGGUGUGAUCGUUUCGUUCAAGUAUCAGGUGAAGGACUCGGAUGAAACUAUUACUGUGGCUACGACGCGUCCUGAGACGAUUCUAGGUGAUACCGCUGUGGCCGUGCACCCCGAUGAUGAACGAUACAAGCACCUGCAUGGCAAGACCCUCGUCCAUCCGUUCAUUGCAGACCGUGAGGUGCCGAUUGUCACGGACUCGAUCGUUGUCGAUAUGGAGUUCGGUACGGGUGCCGUGAAGAUUACGCCGGCACACGACCCGAAUGACUACGAGGUUGGUAAGCGUCACAAUCUGCCGUUUAUCAACAUUCUCAACGAUGAUGGUACGCUGAAUGCCAACGCUGGUGAGUUUGCGGGCAUGAAGCGUUUCAGUGCUCGUCGCGCCGUGGUUGAGGCGCUUAAGACGAAGGGUUUGUACGUUGAGACGAAGGACAACCCCAUGGUGGUCCCUGUGUGUGAGCGUUCCGGCGAUGUGAUUGAGCCGGUGAUGAAGCCGCAGUGGUGGGUCAACUGCAAGCCGUUGGCGGAGGCAGCUGUGGCGAAGGUCAAGAGCGAAGAUAUGAUUAUUGAACCUGCUCAGAGCAAGCGUGAGUUCUUCCGCUGGAUGGAGAACAUCCAGGACUGGUGUGUGAGUCGCCAACUGUGGUGGGGUCACCGCUGCCCUGCUUACUUUGUGGACAUUGAGGGCGUCGAGCAGGACCGUGCCGAAGGCCGUUGGUGGGUCGUCGGCCGUACGCCGGAACAGGUGGAGGAGCGUGCGAAGGCGAUGGCGGAUGGCCGUCCGUACACGGUGCACCAGGACGAGGACGUGCUUGACACAUGGUUCUCCUCUGGUCUGUGGCCCUUCUCGACGCUAGGCUGGCCGAAGGAGACGGCAGAUAUGAAGACGUUCUACCCUACGUCGAUGCUCGAAACGGGCUGGGACAUUCUGUUCUUCUGGGUCGCGCGUAUGAUCAUGCUGGGUGUGUACCACACUGGCCAGCUGCCCUUCAAGGAAGUGUUCUGCCAUGCGAUGGUGCGUGAUGCGCAUGGUCGCAAGAUGAGCAAGUCACUGGGCAACGUCAUUGACCCCAUUGAUGUCAUUGAGGGUAUUUCUCUGGACGGCCUUCACCAGCGUUUGCGCGAAGGCAACUUGGACGAAAAGGAGAUUGCUAAGGCCUCGGCGGGCCAGAAGAAGGACUAUCCAAAGGGUAUCCCGCAGUGUGGUACGGAUGCACUGCGUUUCACGUUGUGUGCGUACACGGCUGCUGGUCGUGAUAUCAAUUUGGACAUUAUGCGUGUCGAAGGCUACCGCAAGUUCUGCAACAAGCUUUGGAACGCCACGCGCUUUGCACUGCUCAAACUGCAGGAUGGCUACGUCCCAUUGACGCUUGCUUCUCAAGCGUCGUUCGUGCCACAGAGCCUUGUGGAGAAGUGGAUUUUGUACCGCUUGAACGAGGCUACAAAGCAGCUGAAUGACGACUUGCUGCAGCGUUCUUUCAUGAGCGCUACUACGGGUGUGUACAACUUCUGGCUGUACGACCUGUGUGACGUGUACAUUGAGGCGAUCAAGCCGAUCACUGAUGCGAAUGCCGAGCCGUCUGCACGUCUCUCGGCUCAGCACACGUUGUAUGCCUGCUUGGACACAGGCCUGAAGAUGCUGCAUCCCUUCAUGCCAUUUGUGACUGAGGAGUUGUGGCACCGUCUUCCGUCGCGUCCUGAGGAGACAAGCGAGACGAUUUCGCUCACUCGCUUCCCUGAGUGGAAUGCUACGCAUGACUUCCGUACGGAGGCAGCGCAGUUUGACGAGGUGUUCGCUAGUGUCCGUGCGAUUCGUGGCCUCGCCGCCGACUAUGGCCUCACGUCCAAGAUCCAGGCCUUUGUUGAGGUGCGGGAUGACUCUGCGCGCAGUGUUAUGGAUGCCCAGCGCGGCGUGAUGCACACGCUGAUCAAGGGCUGUGAAAAGGUCGAUGUGGUGGCGCAGGCUAACGAUGUGCCGCCGGGCUGCGUUGUAGCAAGUGUUUCUGCGUCGAUCCAGGUGCACUUGCUCGUGCGUGGCCUGGUCGAUAUUGAUCAGGAGCUGAGCAAGUUGGCCAAGAAGCUUACCCUCAACGAGACGCAACUCCAGCGUACGUUGGCUCUCACGCAGAAGCCCGAGUGGGCCAAGACCCCCGAUGAUGUGCGUGCAAACACGGAACAGCGUCUGCAAGACUUGCAGGGCGAGAAAGAUGCGCUGCUUCGUGCGCAGGCCAACUUUGAGAAUCUCCGUGGGUAG